CCGGAGAGCAGUUCUCCUCCGACAUUAGAUCUGCUCAGAUCAUGUGCUCCGCUCGCUUUGUUUCUCAAGUUCUGCUCCUUCUGCUCCUGGUGGCCACAUUGGCCGCCGUGUCCGCCGGAAAGCCGCGGAAUCGAGCGGACAACUGCCCGACCAUCAAGCUGAAGCGCCAGUGGGGCGGCAAGCCCUCCCUGGGGCUCCACUACCAGGUCCGCCCCAUCCGCUUCGUGGUUAUCCACCACACGGUCACCGGCGAGUGCAGCGGACUGCUCAAGUGCGCCGAGAUUCUUCAGAACAUGCAGAGCUACCAUCAGCACGAGCUGAACUACAAUGACAUCAGCUACAACUUCCUAAUUGGCAGUGAUGGCAUUGUGUACGAGGGAACUGGAUGGGGACUGCGAGGAGCUCACACCUAUGGGUACAAUGGCAAUGGCACAGGCAUAGCCUUUAUCGGGAGCUUUGUGGAUAAACUUCCAACAGAGGCGGCGCUGCAGGCUGCCAAGGAUCUUCUGUCCUGCGGAGUGCAUCAGGGCGAAUUGAGUGAGGACUACGCCCUGAUCGCCGGAUCCCAGGUGAUUAGCACCCAGAGUCCUGGGUUGACGCUGUAUAACGAGAUCCAAGAGUGGCCGCACUGGCUUUCGAAUCCCUGAAUUGGCACCCAAACCUGUUAAACGCGUCGAUUAAUUGAUAGGUCACCUCAAAAUACAAUAUUUUAAUGCAGCUUUAAAAUAUAAUUGUGAAUUAAAUAAUAACAAACCUAUAAAACGGACUGUACUAACUAUUAAAUAAAAAGUAAAUAUAAAAUAU